UCUCUCACAAUGCGAGAGUAAAGGCAAAGUGAAACUUCCCGUGCUGUACAUUCGCAUUCUCCCAUAGUUCCUGUUGGUUGGUGACAGAGCCUUCAUUCAAAUGGCUACUUGUGUUUCUAACAUCAGGGGCAAGUAAAGCGUCUGACAGUAUGUUGCGGGAGGAGCGCAGGACAAACAACUCUGCGAUAGAAUUGGGCAAACCAUAGGCCAGCCCUGCCCCAGGGCAGUAGUACCGGUUAGGCCUGUCCUGCUGCUCAGACACCGCUCAAGCACACACACCUGUCCCGCUGGGAGGAGCUGGCGGCGCGAAUAGACUGCUGGCAAGGCUUGGGCAUUGGGACGUGGAAGUGCGGGGAUACAGACAUAGGGACUGAGCAUGGCUUCCAACACCGAGCCGCCCCACACCCGCAAUGUGCUCAUUUUGUCUGCGCUCUUCUAUGCAGCUAGCUCCUUACUUAUUAUCCUGGUGAACAAGACGGUGCUUACCAUUUACAGAUUUCCAUCAUCAACAUUUCUUGGAGUUGGACAGAUGGCAAUCACAAUACUAAUUUUAUAUGUUGGGAAGUUGUAUCAGAUCAUCAGUUUUCCAGAUUUUGACAGACAGGUUCCAAAGAAAUUAUUCCCUUUGCCAUUGCUAUAUAUUGGAAAUCAUUUAACUGGAUUAUCCAGCACACAGAAACUAAGCUUACCAAUGUUCACAGUUCUUCGGAAGUUUUCAAUUCCAUUAACACUCAUCCUUGAAAUGAUUAUCCUUAGGAAACGAUUCCCCUUCUCUGUUGUAAGCAGUGUAACUACUAUUAUAAUGGGGGCCCUUAUAGCUGCCAGUUUUGAUCUUUCUUUUAAUUUGGAAGGAUACAUCCUAGUGUUGUUGAAUGACUUAUUCACAGCUUCAUAUGGGGUUUAUACCAAAGAGAAAAUUGAUCCAAAGGAAUUGGGCAAAUAUGGAGUUCUUUUCUACAAUGCAAGUUUUAUGAUACUUCCUACUUUGAUAUAUACUAUUUUGUCAGGAGACUUUGAGCUGGCAAUCCAUUUUAGUGAAUGGACAAAUAUUGCUUUUAUUGUACAGUUCAUUUUUGCUUGUAUGAUGGGAUUUAUCCUGCUAUACUCAAUAGUACUAUGCAGUUACUAUCACUCCGCUCUUACAACCACAGUCAUUGGCUCCCUCAAGAACGUAUCAAUUGCCUAUGUUGGUAUAUUUGUUGGCGGAGACUAUAGUUUUUCCUGGUUUAAUUUUGUAGGUUUGAAUAUUUGUAUGGCAGGAGGAGUGGCCUAUUCUCUCUCUACUAUAUUUGGAGAUACGAAGACAAUGGACAAUGGAAAGCCUAAACUUCAGGCAGAAAAACAUACAAUUCACCCAUGGAAUGAACAGCAGAAUAAUAUUGCUCAUGCUACAGAUUCAAGAUUAAGUAGCAUCACAAAUGGAAAAGAAAAGAUCUUAGCUUAAGUAAUAUUUAUUUAUAAGAAAGUAGCAUUGUUUUUAAAAUUAUUUUUUAUAUAUGAUCUUUCAUAGUUUAGUAAGCGUUAAGUUUGGAAGAUGUUUUUGUUUCACAGAUAUGAAACCAAAUAAAAGGUGCUAAUCACUGUAUUACUUUGUACCUGUACCUUAAAUAUGGAGAACGCAUAUUCCUUAACAGAGGGGGGUUUAUUAUUUAUUUAUGUUUAUGUUAGCAACAGUUUCAUUAACAAAGUGAAUUUUGCAGCGUUGAUGUAAAUAUGUAAUUCAGACCGUUAAAAUAAUAAAUAAUCCUUUGUGGUGAUAUUAAAUGCAAAGUUAGGUUUUUGUUCAGUUUCUGAUUAAUGUAUAUUAAGAUGAAUCAUAUUGAUUCCUGUAAUUUUCAUUGUUAUUUUGAAUGUUUUUGACUUGAAAAUGCAAAAAGAAGACUGCAGAUUUUUUCACAAUGAGAGAACCACCAACAUGUGAGCAUGUACUUCCGUUGUGUAGUUUUGUAACCCCUACCUCAUCAGAGAUGUGUACAUGAGUGUUAACCACAGAAAGAACCACAUCAGGCCACCUUGUAUGGAUGUUUCACUGAUUUUCUUUCAUGUUAAUUGUAUAUAUAUACUGCUAUUUUAUUGAAUGCUCUAUUAAUAUAUUGUAAUCAUUUAAAUUUUAUAUAUAUUUAUCAUUUUAGUCGCUCGUGUAGCUAAUCUGGAAUCUAUAAAGUAUUUAUUAUGUAUACCUUUUGUCUAAGAAUUUUAAGAUCUUAAUUCAGAUUAAAAAAAACUUGCAGACAUACAA